AUGUCUUCAUUUUUCAGUUGGAUUUUAAAUUAUUGCUCUGACUUGCUGAAAUUAUUGGGAUUAAUGUCAUCAGUGAAGGGAAAGAUUAUAUUUCUAGGAUUAGACAAUGCUGGAAAGACAACACUAUUGCACAAAUUGAAGAGUAAUCUUAUUGGUGCCUAUCAAAGUACAACUACUCCCAAUAAGGAAUCCAUUGAAAUUUCAUCGACAUGUUCUGUGGAAGCCAUAGAUAUGGGAGGACAUGAUCUGGCACGUCAGCUUUGGAAACAAUAUUGCAUUGAUGUGAAUGGUAUUGUUUUCAUUGUCGAUUCAAUGGAUAGAAAGAGAUCUCAGGUUGCUGCUAAGGAAUUGGCCAAGAUUUUAAAUGAUCCAGACUUGGCCAAUGUUCCAGUAGUAAUUCUGGGUAAUAAGGUUGAUAAUCCUCAAGCCAUGUCUGAAUUUGAACUCUGUUGUACAAUGGGAGUUUCUCAUUUGAGAACUGGUCCUACUAAGGGUGUUAACGAGUCGAAUCCUCAACGUCCUCUCGAAGUUUUCAUGACCAGUAUAAUUAAUGAGUUUAAUAUUACUGAGAGUAUUGAAUGGUUGGUCUCUAAAAUAAAGUAA